UCACAUCCUCGAGUCCUUGUUUCAGGAGGGGAGGGGGAAGGAAACUCCUUCCAGGGGGAGGAAGCCUAUUGGCCAGCUAGACUACCAAUCUGCGUUCUCUUCCUCUUUGCAGAGGCGGCCAAUCAGCACACGCAGAGUCCCACGCAGGCGGCGGCUGCUGCUGCUGCUCCCGGUUCGCAGUUUGCAAGGUGGAGAGGGAUGCUGGAGCUGCUUUUGCAGAGGGUGCAACCGGCCAGAGGGACCCCGGCAGUUUCCCACGUGGGAACUGAGGACUUGACACGGGUCUCCUAAAAGAUGAAGGUCCUUUGGCCUUGGAGGAAGAUCUGGGCUGGGAAGAGCCAUCUCUGCAGGCUGUACAGGGCGGGUGCUCUUCCUUCCCACAUCUCUGAGCGCCUGGCGUUUUAUAAGAAGCUAAAAGCUGCUGCGGCUGAACGAUGUGCCGAGCGAAGCCACAAAAACAGCCGGCCGAUCCGGAUUUCCCUACCAGGUGGCAGUGAAAUAAACGGGGAGGCCUGGAUGACCACGCCGUAUCAAGUGGCGCUGCAGAUCAGCCGGAGUCUGGCCCAGGGUGCCGUGGUGGCACGGGUGAAUGGGAGCCUCCAUGACCUGGAUCGCCCGCUGGAGAGCGACACCAGCUUGGAGUUUGUGGAUUUUGAAUCUCGGGAUGGGCGGGCGCUUUUCUGGCACUCCAGUGCCCACGUUCUAGGAGGUGCCGCCGAGCAGUUCUACGGUGCCUACCUGUGCCACGGACCCAGCACGGAAAAUGGCUUCUUCUACGACAUGUAUUUGGAUGAGGAGAGGACUGUGUCCAGUAAAGACCUGCCGGUCCUGGAGGAAAUCUGCAAGGGGAUAAUCGCCAAGAACCAUCCCUUUGAACGGCUGGAAGUCUCUCGAGAGGAUCUGGUGGAGCUCUUUAAGCACAACAAGUUCAAACUUCAGAUUAUCGACGAAAAGGUGAAAUCUCCGACUGCCACUGUGUACAGGUGUGGGCCCUUCAUCGACCUCUGCCGGGGGCCACACGUCCGGCAUACGGGGGAGAUCCGUGCACUGAAGCUCCUGAAGAACGCCGCCUCCUACUGGCACGGAGACCCUUCGAAGGAGUCCCUGCAGCGGGUCUACGGCAUCUCCUUCCCCAGCCCCAAGCAGCUCGCGGAAUGGGAACGUGCUCAAGAGGAGGCUGCCCAGCGGGAUCAUCGGCGGAUAGGCAAGGAUCAAGAGCUUUUCUUCUUCCAUGAACUGAGCCCAGGAAGCUGCUUCUUCCUCCCCAAAGGAGCGCACAUUUACACAACUCUCAUGGACUUCAUUAAGAGUGAGUAUCUCAAGCGUGGCUUCUCUGAGGUGAUCACCCCCAACAUUUACAACGCGAAGCUGUGGGAAGCGUCUGGCCACUGGCAGCACUAUGCCGAGAACAUGUUCUCCUUCAGGGUCGAAAAGGAGACCUUUGCCCUCAAACCAAUGAACUGCCCUGGCCAUUGCCUCAUGUUUGGCCACCGCCCCCGAUCCUGGAGGGAGCUGCCUCUCCGCCUUGCUGACUUUGGGGUUCUGCACAGAAACGAGCCGUCGGGGGCCCUGACUGGGCUGACACGGGUGCGCCGGUUCCAGCAGGAUGACGCUCACAUCUUCUGCGCCAUGGAUCAGCUGGAAGGAGAAAUUCAAGGCUGCCUAGACUUCCUUCAAGCUGUCUACUCUGUUUUCGGAUUCACUUUGCGCUUCUACCUUUCCACCCGCCCCGAGAAAUUCCUUGGGGAGCCUCACCUUUGGGAUCGGGCCGAGGAGCUGCUGGAAAAAAGCCUCCGAGACUUUGGACAGCCUUGGGAGCUCAAUCCUGGGGAUGGCGCUUUCUACGGGCCAAAGGUUGAUAUUCAGAUUAAAGAUGCCCUUGGCCGGCACCACCAAUGUGCCACCAUUCAGCUGGAUUUCCAGAUGCCCAUCCGGUUUGAUCUCUCAUACGCAAGCAAAGACAGUGGUUUGGAGGAGAGACCAGUGAUGAUCCACCGAGCGGUCCUUGGCUCUGUCGAGAGGAUGUUGGCUGUCCUGGCGGAGAACUACGGCGGGAAGUGGCCCUUCUGGCUGUCCCCAUUCCAAAUUAUGGUGAUCCCUGUUGGCCCAGACGUGGAGGACUAUGCCUGCGAGGUCCACCAGCUCUUCCACCAGGCAGGAUUCAUGGCAGACAUCAAUGCCGACCAAAGCUUUACCCUCAACCGCAAGAUCCGAAAAGCCCAGCUGGCCCAGUACAACUUCCAGUUUGUGGUCGGCCGGAAGGAGAAGUCCAACCGCACCGUUAACGUCCGUAGCCGCAACAACCACCAAUAUGGCGAGCGGGAUUCGCACGAGGUGCUGCGCAGGCUCCAUGAGCUCCAGGAAGCUCGUGUCAUAAAUGCUGAAGAGCUCUUCUAAAGGAGAGGUGAGACCCCCAUCAUCAACUUGCCAGGACAUCCACAAGUAACAGAAACAACAGCAAAAGCUGUCAGGGUGUGUGAAUCAUUUCACAAGUGUCAUGCUUUUGGGGCACCUCAAGGUCACAAUACGUUUCAAGAUCCUUGUCUUCACCAAUUUGCAUCGUUUCCCCCACAGUUUGGAGACUGAGGUCAUCUUAUCAAGCAAGGAACCCUUGUUUGCUAGAGCUGAACCAGCCCAGGCCGUACAUCAAAGCCUCCCCGCUGCCUUCUUCAAACAUCCCUCAAAAUCUUGCCAUUUUUCUUGGUUGACUGGCAGAGCAGCAUGUAGAGCAACCAGGCUGCAGGAGAGCAGAACCCGCUUUCUCAGAAAAGCUGUCUGUGGAAACGCAUUCUUGGGGGGAUGCCAAGUUUCUCUCCUUCGCGCUGGCCAGCCUGUCUUUCAUGGUCACCGCAUCCCCUGCGGAGGCCCGUAAUUAAAAUACCUUUUCUUGAGAAAUUGCAGCUUGGCUGGCGGUCUCAUUGAUUGGUUGGCCUCGCUGCGAACUACUGCAUUAGCCCCAGGGGCCCUGGCGGGUCGAGGUCGGGGUCAGGCCAAGUUGUUCUUUUCUAAGGAUGCGUAAGGUGUGUCUUGUUGAUAAGGGAUCCCACUGAAACUGGUGCCUAGAGUGGGGGGGCAUUUAACGGCAGGUGUGUGUGCACAUUGCUCAAGUGAUUCAUCUUUGUCGCAGCUCAUUCCCGGAAAGCUGCAGAGGACCCACAGGUGGGAAGGGAAGAGAGACGCACACACACACCUCUUCACAGGACUGAGUCAACAGCAGCUCGGCUCAUAAAUUCUACCUUGCCCCCUGCCCCUAAUAUCCUUUAUCAGAUGCAAAUAGGUCUCUUUAAUGGUUAUGGGAGUUGAUGCAUGGAAAUAGUUACUCAGGGCCGGCCUGCGUAACAUCCCGGUAGCAGGUCCAUCGGGGUCUUUUUAGGUACUUACGUUAAGUGCUUUUUAAGUUGUUUUAGUUAUUUUUAGUAUUUAAGUUGUUUUAGCAUUUUGGUAUAUCAGGGUGGUGCAGCCCACGAGGCUUUUUUUGGCGGCUCUCGGCAACAUUCAGGAAAGAACACCUUAAAGCCUUUAAAAAUUAAAUUUGGUGUGUGUCAUGCAUUGCUAAUGAAAGCGCAUGCAUCUGUUGGUGUAUAAAAUUUCUUUAAUAGUUAAACCUAUUAAUUGUGUAUAUAAUUAUAAAUAUUUAAUUAAAUAUAUAAAUUGUGUACAUUAAAUAAUAUUAAAUAUAUUGUGAACACUU